AGGCUUUUAGUUUGGAGUGAGUGAGAGAGAGAGGCAGAGUGAGCUCCAUCUCUCUCUCUCUGACACAUGAACAGGACAACUUUAGUUUGGAUCUAAGCUUACCGACACUGAAGAUGACUUCACGCAUUCCUCCCUGGUUCUUUGGAUUAUUUCUCCUUGUGCUCCGGUUCUGCUGCCGGCGCUCCUCCGCUCAGCUGUUGGACGAGCGCGGCUCUCAGGGCGCCUUGGACCUGACGGAGCUGAUCGGCGUCCCUCUUCCUCCCUCCGUCUCCUUCGUCACGGGCUUCGAGGGUUACCCCGCCUACAGCUUCGGCCCGGACGCCAACGUGGGCCGCCUCACAAAGUCCUUCAUCCCCGAUCCAUUCUACCACGACUUCGCCAUCACGGUCACAGCUAAACCGACCACGCGGCGGGGCGGCGUGCUGUUCGCCAUCACAGAUGCUUACCAAAAGAUUGUGCACUUAGGUGUAGCGUUGUCCGAGGUGGAGGAUGGUUCCCAGAGAGUCGUACUGUACUACACCGACCCGGGAACAAGAGGCGGCACGCAGGAAGCAGCUUCAUUCAAGAUGGGAGACCUGACAGGAAGAUGGGCGAGGUUCACUCUGACCGUCCAGGGGGCAGAGGUGCGUCUCUACAUGGACUGUGAGGAAUACCACCGUGUCGCCUUCAGCAGGAGCCCUCAGCCGCUGACCUUCGAGGCCAGCUCGGGGAUCUUCGUGGGGAAUGCCGGGGGCACGGGCCUGGCCAGGUUUGUGGGCUCCAUCCAGCAGCUGGUGCUGAAGUCAGAUCCCACGGCCCCGGAUGACCAGUGUGAGGAGGACGAUCCUUAUGCCUCCGGAUACGGCAGCGGUGACGAUGCUUACGAAGACAUGGAGGGAAUGGACGAAGUGAAGAAGAUUGUGGAGGAGAGAGAGUACACCAUGCCCCUCCCAGAGCCGAGCCCCACACCAGUCCAAGCCCCGCCCACUGAGACGUCACUCAGAAGUGAUGAUGAAGACAUCGAGGAGACUUCAGGACAGGAGGUGGACAUGACCACAGUAAGAGUAAAACCACUUCAGUCAAGCACUCCAGCCUCCAUACUUGACACUUCCCUCCAGAUGUCUCCAGGACAGAAGGGAGAACGAGGAGAGCCAGGUCCAGCAGGUCCCGCAGGACCACCCGGCCCUCCAGGACAAGCCUCAGGAGACGGGGAGGGAGGGGAGCCGGGACCCCGGGGUCCACAGGGACCACAGGGACCCUCCGGUUCACCAGGAGUUCCUGGGAAAGACGGACAACCUGGAAGUAAAGGUGAAAGUGGUGUCCCAGGAGCAACUGGGAUUCCAGGAUUCCCAGGACUACAGGGAGAGCCUGGUCCUAAGGGAGAAAAGGGAGAUCCAGGUGUUGGAAAACCAGGUCCUCCAGGCCUUCCAGGACCUCCAGGAAGACCAAGCAAAUCUUCCAUGUUCCUGGAGGGCUCUGGAUUUGAAGACUUUGACAGUGAUGCAGAGAUUAUUCGGGGGCCUCCAGGGCCUCCUGGCCUCCCGGGACAACCAGGGCCCCCAGGACCCCCACCUGAGGACCUCUUUCCUGGACCACCUGGGGCCCCUGGGAGAGAUGGACUAAAGGGUGAACCUGGCCUGCCUGGAGUCGAUGGAAAAGAUGGGGAUCCAGGACCUGCUGGGGGGAAAGGAGACAAGGGAGAGCCUGGUGUAAGCGGCAAGCCAGGAACAAAGGGAGAUCAGGGCCCUCCAGGGUUUCCAGGCAUACCAGGCUCAGAUGGGCCAGAAGGGCAGCCUGGUCCCCGGGGUCCACCUGGCCCUCCUGGGCCUCCUGGGAGAAGCUUCUCCAUGGACUUUGAGGACUUGGAAGGAUCUGGGAUGCAGAGUGGUUUUGGAGCUCCAUUCUCCAGAGGUCCAGAGGGUCCUCCUGGGAUCCCUGGACUUAAAGGACCCAAGGGUGAAGAUGGUUUAACCGGCUCCCCAGGAAAACCAGGAGAAAAAGGGGACAAAGGGGCGACAGGACCACCAGGGUUUCCAGGACUGGAUGGACUGAGAGGGGAAGAGGGUCCAAAGGGGAACAAAGGAGAUUCAGGAAAAAAGGGAGAGGCAGGACGGGAUGGUCUUAGUCUACCCGGCCCUCCAGGACCACCUGGACCUCCAGGACCCCUUAUCAACCUCCAGGAUCUUCUACUGAACGAUACAGAUGGUGCCUUCAAUUUCUCAGGGAUUUUUGAAGCUCAGGGACCCGCUGGACCACAGGGUCCAAAGGGUGACAUUGGGAUACCUGGGACUCAUGGACCUGCAGGUCAGAAAGGUGAAAGGGGUGAACCAGGAUAUGUCCUCGCAGCAGAUGGAUCCAUGAUGUCAGGCCUGGCUACUCCAAUGGGACCCAAAGGAGACAAGGGAGAUACUGGUGUACCAGGACCUGCUGGAAUUACCGGACCUAUCGGACCAGCAGGGCCCAAAGGAGAAUUUGGCUUUCCUGGAAGACCUGGUCGCCCGGGCCUGAUGGGACCAAAAGGAGAGAGAGGGGACUCUGCAGGCCUGCCGGGACCUCCUGGCCGUCCUGGACUGCCGGGCCGCCCUGGAAUAUUCAACUGCCCCAAAGGAACCGUGUUCCCCAUCCCUCCCAGACCUCACUGCAAAAUGGCAAGCUGCUCCAGGACCAGUCAAAAACUUUCCUGCAUGCUGCAUGUCCAGUCUGGGAAAGUGAAGGCUCAUUGCUUUCACAGGAGUGAGCUUAAUCCCAAUGGAUCCAUCGCAGUUGGUAACUGUCAGACGGGACUGAAAGGAGAGAAAGGAGAGAGAGGCCUUCCUGGGCUGCCAGCACCACCAAGCUCAUUUCUUCCCAGGGGAGGCUGGGGAGUAGGAGGAGACCAGGGCACUAAAGGAGAGAAAGGUGACAAGGGGGAGGCGGGGUUGCCCGGACAAGCAGGUGCCCCUGGGAGACCCGGGCCUGUGGGACCCAAAGGAGAGUCAGUGCUGGGUCCACCAGGCCGCCCCGGGGUCCCAGGUGCACCAGGUAUCCCAGGCUACGGCAGAUCAGGACCGGUCGGCCCUCCUGGGCCUCCAGGGCCUCCAGGACUCCCUGGGUCACCAUCAAGAUAUGGCUCAGCUUUGAGUAUUUCCGGCCCCCCUGGACCGCCCGGACCAGCUGGACCUCCUGGACCUUCGGGUAGUGCAGCAGCUAUGAAAACAUUCUCGAGCCGUGAGAGCAUGAUGCAGCACACUGUCAGGGAUCCAGAGGGAACUAUGGCGUACGUCACAGCAACAGGAAGUCUCUUCCUCAAGGUCUCCCAGGGAUGGAAAGAGAUACAGCUUGGCAACCUGAUCUACCUCUCCAAUAACAUAAUUCCACAAGAUGAGCCUCGAGUUUCAUAUCAGAUAAGAGGAGACACGAUGGAAAGAAUACGUUCAGUUAACGAAAGGCUCAACCUGGUGGCCCUGAACCAGCCGCACUCAGGGGACAUGAUGGGGCUGGACACAGCCGACCGGAUGUGUUACGAGCAAGCCAAGGCGAUGGGUCUGGCACCAAACUACCGUGCCUUCAUUUCCUCCCACCGGCAGGACCUGGUCCACGUGGUCUACCCUGGUUUCCGGGACACUCUGCCAGUUACCAACCUCAGAGGAGACGUGAUGUUUAGGAACUGGCGGUCAAUUUUCAAUGGCGACGGGGGGGCGAUGGACGCCAGGAUACCUAUCUACUCCUUUGACGGCCGGGAUGUUUUAGCUGACCCCUUUUGGCCUCUGAAGAGUAUCUGGCACGGCACCAACAGCAGGGGUCUCCGAGUGGUGGACAAACACUGUGAGACGUGGCGAGCGGACCACAUGUCUGUCAUGGGCCAGUCGUCCAGCCUGACCUCAGGUCUGCUCCUGGGUCAGCAGACGCGGAGCUGCUCCAACCAGUACAUCGUUCUUUGCAUCGAGACACACAAAAACCUUUAAAUCCCUGCUGCCAUACCACUCCACUAAGGAACCCACACCAGCCGGCCCCCAGUAAACACUAAACACUCGGGGAGAAGAUUUGUCUUUCCUUGAAAAGGAUGUUGUUUUCAGCACAUCUUUGGUGCUACGUGUAGCUUUUUGUGUUUUUUUUUUUAAAGAGGGGACCACAUCAACACUCUUUCACAAAGCAGACAACAGCCAAGAUAUAAACCUGGAUUGUAAACUGACAGGAAGUUCAUGAUAUGCCGUAAAAUCGGAAGCCUUUGUGGACUGCUUCCAAUCCAAAUUUGCUCCUUAAAGGAAGGCCUCUUUGUGUUGUAAAGCAAUCCAGAAGAUUUCUCCUUAUAUUCAACCUGGUGGCACAUAAUGUAAAAUGCAACACAGUGGCUGAGGGAGGCUGCCAGAGAAUGUGGUAAUGACUAAUGUUAAAAUGAUACAUGCAGCACAUUUAAGCUUUAUCCAAUGACACAACUGUGUCACAUUAAAUAAAAAGUAGCACAAAUGCUUUUCCCCCCAUGUAGUAGCUGAGGUGUGUUGAGGACAAAAUGUCUUUCUUUCAAGUUUAUUGUCUCUUUUUUUUGUUCAAGAGACUGAAGAUGCAGCAGGAACGUGGCAGUUUUAAAAAAAAGUAGAUUUCCAAAGACUGUUGUGAUGGAAGCAUAAAGCUACUCUCACUGUUUUGUUUACAGGUUGUCGUGGGGAGUUUUUAAAAAAAUCUGUAAAUUUGUUUCCAUAACUUACAUAGUCCCUCGUCCAACAGUGGGAGGACCAGACAACC